AUGGGACGUUCUUCAUCCGGUGGUGGAAGAGGACGUGUGACUCCUCAGAAAGUCAAGAGCAAUUCAAGUUCAACAGUUGUGAAACAUCUAUUUUCAACGAAAGAUGAAAACGAUGGAAAGGCAAGAUUGUCGUACGAAGAUGCCAAGGAAAGAGUGAUUGACUAUAUCCAAGCUUCUGGAAUGAAAUGUUCCAAAGACAUGGUGAAAUCAAUCCAAGAUGGAAAGUCGAUCAACUUCAAUGCGAUCGCUCCAAGAUUGAACGCUCCAACUCAAACUGAAGCUGUUGCAAGAGAAACAGAGAUGGCCCAAAACAAGAUUCUCUAUUCUGCAAAGCUCCACGAGAACAUGCGAAGAUCAGCAUACUACGAGACAAACAAGAGAACCGUCAAAUCAAACAUCAUGUUGAAGUUUGUGAUGAAGGCAAUGGAUAUCAAGCUUCGAGGUUAA